AUGUCGUAUCCUGGUCAACCUACUUAUGGUGCUGUUCCUCCUCCAAUGUAUGAAGGAAAUCCAGGUUAUUGUCCGCCGCCACCUCCAACGAUAAUUGCCUAUCAAACAAUUGGCAAUUGUCCACACUGUCGUCAAGGUAUAUUAACAUCGCAGGUUACUUGCUUGGGUAUUUUAUGUGCUAUUUUCCUAUUUCCCAUCGGUCUUAUUUGUUUGUUUGCGUUACAAGAACAACGAUGCUCAUUGUGUGGUUAUACCAUAUAAUUCAACAAUAUUCUUAAAAUGUCAUGCAAACUGUAUAAUCAUGUUCAGAAAAAAGUGUCUUCUAUGAAUAAUAAUAAUAAUAAAAUACAAGGCAGUACUGAUCCUAGGGAUUCGCUGAUCCUUUUCUGAAAGAGAAUCUCGAAUGUUUUUUGUGAGAACAUUCCAGUAAAAGCAUUUCAAAUUUUUAGUUUUUGCAUCAGAAAUAUUUGUAAACAAAUGUAUAGCCUAUUUUCAUAAGAACAUAACGAAACAGUCAAUGGUACUUGUCUUCCUCAACUUUCGAUGUUGAUUUCUUCUUGAAAAAAUCAUUUGCCCGGCAUUUCAUGCUUUUGAAGAUCAAUUUCCAAUCGAAAUGUUCUGGUUUCAAUUAAAUAUAAUCAUCACUCAUCAAUUGAGAGUUUUCUGCAAAGAUGAGUACGUUGUCAGGCAGACUGUCAUACUACUCUACAUUCCAAAUUAAUUUAGGUUUUACUUAAAUUCUCCUCCUAAAGGAGAAAGUCAUUCCAUAUUACAAGACCACAUUCAUGAGAAGGGCAUCGAAAAGAAAAUUUUCACAAGAUGUAAUAUAAAGCCAUGGACAUGGGGUCUGCGUGUGAAUGUGAGUGGGUGUUGUUCUUUGUGUUUGAGUGUUUUUAUAUUUAUGUGAGUUUGAGUUGUGAAGAGACGCAACCCGCCAAUAUCUACACUCUGGUUGCUUACAUUUUUUUCAAAUACAUCCAGCAUGUUCCACUUGAUAUGACCGUCGUUCGUAUUCAAUAGUCAAUUCAUCGAAUGCCAGAUUAAGGGGGAACCCCCCCUUCGAAAGUCGUUUUUUCCUUGAAAAGUC